AAAUCUCAAGAAGAAGAAGAAGACGACGACCAACGCUAAGCGAAGGAGCUAAAUGGUGAAUGUCUGACGGUGACGAAUCUUCAACCUGAAACUACACCAAGGGAUGAUCUAAGAUGAAGACUUUCAGCAUUCGGUGUCGCAGUUUGGUUCAUCCUGAAUUUCCAUGAGAUGAUGUUUUCAGCACCAGAGAAGUUUAAUCCUGUCUUUAACAAUGAUCUGUUGGGUGACAAAAUCUAUGCUACUGAUGACUCUGAUGAGAGACUUCAGAGUCGAUUCAAUCACAUGUCAUCUAACUGAGUAUGAGAUAGAGGGUGAAUGCUGUCCUAUGUGUCCUCCUGGCACUCGAGUCAAAACAGACUGUACAGAAUUUAAAAGUACAUCCUGCCAGAAAUGCCCAGAGAGGACUUAUAUGGACCUGCCAAAUAGACUAAAGAGAUGUUAUCCAUGUUCUACCUGUGGUUCAGGAGCUGGUCUGAAGGAAAAGCGAGGAUGUGAAAUAACUGCAGACACAGUUUGUGAACCAAUGGAGGGAUUCUACUGUACAGACUCUACAUCAGAAGGCUGUGUUGUGGCACAGAAACACAGGAGCUGUGAACCAGGACAGUUCAUCAGCAGGAUGGGAACAGCCUCCACAGACACAGAAUGCUCUGAAUGCAUCAGUGGAUCAUUUUCUGAUGGAACAAUGUUGUCAUGUCAGAAUCACACACAGUGUGAAAAAGAAAACCUUCAGCUGAUAAAAGCAGGAACAGCUUCAACUGAUGCUGAAUGUGGAGAAAAAAGUUCCAACAUCACAGGAAUUGUGAUCGGUGUUCUGGUGGUUUUUUUAGUUGCAGCAACAAUUGGUGGUGUUUUUCUCUGGAAAUAUCACAAAAAUACAAAAUCAAUUGUACAAAAGGUUUUAACAGUUGUAGAGGCAAAUCAACGACGGGACAGUACAGGAGGAGCAGAAGAGGAAGUCGCUUUCAAUAUGCCAGUGCAAGAAACCCCAAGAUAAACACCUGGAUGAAAAUCACUGAUCACUGUAGAUGAAAUGAUUCAAGGUCUGAGUUGAACCAAACUAGAUACUGAGUCGUUUAUGCAGUGAUCAGAAAGAACAGCUAAAACUCAAACUCCCUUCUCCACCAUCCAUGGUCGUCACUCUACAUCCAUCACACUGCACAGGAGAAAAAGUUUUAGAACUUGACUGUUUAUUGUCAAAGUAUCAGAUCUGUGACUGUAACCCUGAAUGAUUAGAUUAGGUAAUGGACAAUAACUGGCUUGUACUUGUACAGCGUUUUAUCAAGAUCAGAGGACACCAAAGCACUUCACACUACAGUCAUUCACACACACAAGCUGAUGGUUUCACGUCUGACAGAAGUGAGCCUGCUGUGCAUCAUCACCACCAGGCCCUCUGACCACCAGCAGGCGAGGCAGAUGAACUGUCCUGCCCAAGGACACGACGACAGAGGCAGGUGGAGUCAGGAUAGAACCAGCAACCCGCCGACUGCAGGGCAAAGUCCUGCCAUCAGUAAAUCAAUGACUCCAUGUGAAACGAAACUAAGUCUUUUGUUCAGUUUUAUAAGAAACCUGUAGACUCAGAAUCUCAUCAGUGACUUCAUCCACAAGAACCUGACAUUAAAUUUUAAUAUUGCUAAUAUGUUUUUAGGUCUUCUGAAAACCUUAAAAAGCCUGAACAUCUUUGCUGUUGUGUUUUAUUUACAGAUAAAAAGGCACGAGUGGAUAACUUUGUAUAUAAUACAUUUCCUUUUU